CUUCUUGCAGGAAUUUAUCAUAUGUCAAGCUGAGCAAAUGAGCAAAAAUGCACACGUGGACAGUGAACAAGUGAUCCGUUGUAAUCAAGACGUUCAAAUACGUUUUUGGCUGCUUGUAGGGAGGACGCAGGUUGCACAGGUGUGGUAUGCUACAUUUUCUUGUUUAUGUUCCUCACGAGCGUCGUUGAGAUAUCUCACUGUUUUCUAAAAGCGAUAGAAGUUUUGCUUAGAAAUGCGGUUAUGUGACUAAAACGUAAAUAGCAGGAAAAAAAACCAUGUAGUAGCCUAUUUUCCGUUUUCCCUCUGCAGCUUUGGCCCGCUUUCGUGAGGGCGUCGGGCUGUUUAGAAACGUACGUUUUCAGAAAAAUAGUUUUCUGACGCCGAGGAAAACGUGACAACGUUUUGGAAAACGCAAAGAUGCUUGGAGAACGCAAAGAACCGUUGUGCUGAUAAGGAUUUCGUGACCAAACAUUGAUGAAAUCAAGAACUGGCUGCCGUGGAGGGUACAUAACAGGAGAAGAAGUUGCUGCAGGAUGAAAACAUGGCUGCACCAUUUUUUGCACCGCCAGGACCUGACAGCUUCAAAUACUUUACCAGGGAAUCUCUGUGUGAAAUUGAGAAGCGCAUUGCUGAGGAGAAAGCCAAGCCGCCACCUAAACAAGACAACAGCUACCGCGACGAUGACGACGAGAACAAACCCAAGCCUAACACUGACCUGGAGGUGGGCAAGAGUCUGCCCUUCAUCUAUGGGGAUAUCCCUCCUGGAAUGGUGGCAACACCAUUGGAGGAUCUCGAUCCUUUCUACAUGAAUAAGAAAACAUUUAUAGUCCUAAAUAAAGGGAAAACAAUCUUCCGCUUUAGUGCCACACCUUCCUUGUACAUGAUAAGCCCUUUUAAUCUCGCUAGACGAAUAGCGAUUAAAAUUUUGAUACAUUCAGUAUUCAGCAUGUUCAUAAUGUGUACGAUUUUGACCAAUUGUGUCUUCAUGACUUUUAGUAAUCCUCCCGAGUGGUCCAAACAAGUAGAGUAUACCUUUACUGGAAUUUAUACGUUUGAAUCAGCUGUAAAAAUAAUUGCCCGUGGAUUCUGUAUAGAUGACUUCACAUUCCUUAGAGAUCCAUGGAACUGGCUGGAUUUCAUGGUCAUCUCAAUGGCGUAUAUAACAGAGUUUGUAAACCUAGGCAAUGUCUCAGCUCUGCGCACGUUCAGAGUUUUGAGGGCAUUGAAAACAAUUUCUGUAAUCCCAGGUCUGAAGACCAUUGUUGGCGCUUUGAUCCAGUCGGUGAAGAAGCUGUCAGAUGUGAUGAUCCUCACCGUUUUCUGCCUCAGUGUCUUUGCCCUCAUUGGCCUGCAGCUCUUCAUGGGAAAUCUGCGACAAAAGUGUGUCAUCUGGCCCAUCAACAUCACCGAACUAUACCAGGCCAAUGGCACCCAUGCAUUCAACUGGGAUGAGUACAUCAUGAACGAAACCAAUUUCUACUUCCUGCCUGACCAGCUAGAUGCUCUGCUGUGUGGAAACAGCUCUGAUUCAGGUCGCUGUCCUGAAGGCUACACGUGCAUGAAGGCUGGUCGCAAUCCAAACUAUGGGUACACCAGCUUUGACAGUUUUGGCUGGGCUUUCCUGGCUCUAUUCCGCCUCAUGACGCAGGACUUUUGGGAGAACUUGUACCAGCUGACCCUGAGAGCAGCGGGGAAGACCUACAUGAUUUUCUUUGUGCUGGUGAUCUUUGUUGGCUCAUUCUACCUUGUGAAUCUGAUCCUGGCUGUGGUGGCCAUGGCAUAUGAAGAACAGAACCAGGCCACUAUGGAAGAAGCAGAGCGAAAGGAGGUGGAGUUUAAAGCCAUGCUGGAACAGCUGAAGAAACAGCAGGAGGAUGCACAGGCUAACGCAAUGGCGACAUCGGCGGGGACGGUGUCUGAGGACGUGGUGGAGGAUGAUGGUGAUGGAGGUGGGAACUUGUCCUGCAGCUCAUCCGAGAUGUCUAAACUCAGCUCCAAGAGUGCCAAAGAGCGACGCAACCGCAAGAAGAAGUGGCGGCAGAAAGAGCAGGACAAGGAGAAAGGGGACAGUGAGAAGUUUGUCAAAUCUGAAUCAGAUGAUGGAAGCAGGUGGAGCAGAUUACGUUUCCCUGACAACCGUUUAGGACGCAGGAGUUCUAUAAUGAACCAGUCUCUGCUCAGCAUCCCAGGCUCACCAUUCCCUUCAAGACGCAACAGUAAGAGCAGCAUCUUCAGCCGCUGCAAGGACGGAGGCUCGGAGAAUGAGUUUGCAGAUGAUGAACACAGCACAGUUGAGGAGUACGACGAGCGGCGUGAUUCGUUCUUAAACCCACAACGUCGCAGCAGCUACACAGGUUACUACGGCAAGUGCAACAGCACUGUGGAUUGCAAUGGAGUGGUUUCUCUCAUCGGACCGGGGCCUGGCGGACGCCUACUGCCUGAGUCAACCACUGAUCUUGAAAUCAAGAAGAAACUCUCAGGCUCUCUAAUGGUUUCUCUAGAGCAGCUUAACACAUCGUUUGGGCGCAAGGAGCGAGUCAACAGUGUCAUGAGUGUGUUAACCAACACAUUGGUUGAGGAAUUGGAAGAGUCUCAGAGGAAUUGUCCACCAUGCUGGUACAAAUUUGCCAACAAGUUUCUUAUCUGGGAAUGCGGACCUGUUUGGAUGAAGAUUAAGAAGAUUGUGAACCUGAUCGUGAUGGACCCUUUUGUAGACUUGGCUAUCACCAUUUGUAUUGUGCUGAAUACUCUCUUCAUGGCCAUGGAGCAUUACCCUAUGACGGAGAAUUUUGAACAUGUGCUGUCUGUCGGAAACUUGGUGUUUACUGGUAUCUUCACUGCCGAAAUGUUUGCCAAACUGGUUGCAAUGGACCCAUACUACUAUUUCCAGGAAGGCUGGAAUAUUUUUGAUGGAAUUAUAGUGAGCUUGAGUUUAAUGGAGUUGGGCUUGGCUGAUGUAGAAGGUCUUUCUGUGCUGAGAUCAUUCCGAUUGCUGAGAGUUUUUAAACUGGCCAAGUCAUGGCCCACUCUUAACAUGCUGAUUAAGAUCAUCGGCAACUCAGUGGGAGCUUUGGGGAACCUGACCCUGGUGUUGGCCAUCAUCGUCUUCAUCUUCGCCGUUGUGGGCAUGCAGUUGUUUGGGAAGAGCUACAAGGACUGUGUGUGUAAGAUCGCUGAAGAUUGCGAGCUGCCCCGCUGGCACAUGAAUGACUUCUUUCAUUCAUUCUUAAUCGUCUUCCGGGUGUUAUGUGGAGAGUGGAUUGAGACCAUGUGGGACUGUAUGGAGGUGGCUGGACAGGGAAUGUGUCUCAUCGUCUUCAUGAUGGUCAUGGUCAUAGGAAACUUGGUGGUCUUGAAUCUGUUCCUUGCCUUGCUGCUGAGCUCAUUCAGCGCAGACAACUUGGCAGCUUCUGAUGAUGACGGCGAGAUGAACAACUUACAGAUUGCCGUUAUUCGCAUUAAGAAGGGAAUUGCCUGGGUGAAGGCCAAAGUUCGAGAGCUGGUCAACAUCAUCCUCAGGAGGAAGGUCACUGACGAGGCCAAGCCGCUAGAUGAAAUGUACGACCGGAAGCUAAACUGCAUCACCAAUCAUACUGGCGUGGACAUCAGUCGUGACAUGGACUAUCAGAAAAAUGGCAACGGAACCAGCAGUGGUAUAGGCAGUAGUGUAGGCAAGUACAUGAUUGAUGAUGACCACAUGUCCUUCAUCCACAACCCCAACCUGACCGUAUGCGUGCCCAUUGCCGUGGGCGAGUCAGACUUUGAGAAUCUCAACACAGAAGAUUUCAGCAGUGAGUCUGAAGCAGAGGGCGGCAAAGAAUUGGGUGAAAUCAGCUCUUCAGAGGGCAGCACCAUAGAUCUUAAACCAGAGGUAGAAGAAGCGGUGGUGGUGGAGGCAGUAGAGGAAUAUGAUGACCCAGAACCUUGUUGGACUGAAGCUUGUGUGGCCCGCUACAAGUGUUGUGAUGUGCCCAUCACGGAGGGCUGGGGUAAGAAUUGGUGGUUCCUCCGGAAGACCUGCUAUCUCAUUGUGGAGCACAACUGGUUUGAAACCAUCAUCAUCUUUAUGAUCCUCCUCAGUAGUGGAGCGUUGGCUUUUGAGGAUGUGUACAUUGAACAGAGGAAGACAAUCCGUAUUAUUCUGGAGUACGCUGACAAGGUCUUUACCUACAUCUUCAUAUUGGAGAUGUUGUUAAAGUGGGUGGCCUACGGUUUUGUCAAGUACUUCACCAACGCCUGGUGCUGGCUGGACUUCUUCAUUGUUGACGUGUCUAUAAUCAGCCUUAUAGCUAAUGCACUGGGCUACUCCGAACUAGGGCCCAUUAAAUCUCUCAGGACACUAAGGGCCCUGAGACCCCUCAGAGCAUUGUCACGUUUUGAAGGGAUGAGGGUGGUAGUCAACGCCUUGGUGGGUGCCAUCCCUUCCAUUAUGAAUGUCUUGCUGGUUUGCCUCAUCUUUUGGCUGAUUUUCAGUAUCAUGGGUGUCAACCUGUUUGCGGGAAAGUAUUACUACUGCUACAAUAUGACUGAAAAGGCAUUGUUCGAAAUUGAUGUAGUCAACAACAAAUCAGAGUGCCAAGCAUUGAUAGAUCAGAACUUCACUGAGGUGCGCUGGAGAAACGUCAAAAUCAACUUUGACAAUGUGGGUGCUGGUUACUUGGCUCUACUGCAAGUGGCAACAUUUAAAGGAUGGAUGGACAUCAUGUAUGCAGCAAUUGAUUCACGAAAGGUGGGAGACCAACCAAAGUAUGAGGACAACAUCUACAUGUAUAUCUACUUUGUUAUCUUCAUUAUAUUUGGCUCUUUCUUCACACUCAACCUCUUCAUUGGUGUCAUCAUUGAUAACUUCAACCAGCAGAAGAAAAAGUUUGGAGGUCAGGAUAUCUUCAUGACAGAGGAACAAAAGAAGUACUACAAUGCUAUGAAGAAGCUUGGCUCAAAGAAACCUCAGAAACCCAUACCCAGACCACAGAACAAGCUCCAGGGCAUGGUGUUUGACUUUGUGACACAGCAGGUCUUUGAUAUCUCCAUCAUGAUCCUCAUCUGUUUGAACAUGGUCACCAUGAUGGUUGAGACAGACGAUCAGUCAAAGGAGACUGAAAACAUUCUGUAUUGGGUUAACUUCAUCUUUAUCGUGGCCUUCACCUCCGAGUUUGUCCUGAAGCUCUUUGCACUGCGUCAUUACUACUUCACCAAUGGCUGGAACGUCUUUGACUGUGUUGUGGUCAUACUCUCUAUUGUGGGUAUGUUUCUGGCUGACCUGAUCGAGAAGUACUUUGUGUCACCAACUUUGUUCAGGGUUAUCCGUCUGGCUCGAAUCGGACGUAUCUUGCGUCUGAUCAAAGGAGCAAAGGGCAUUCGGACUUUACUGUUUGCACUGAUGAUGUCACUACCAGCCCUGUUUAAUAUCGGCCUUCUGCUGUUUUUGGUCAUGUUCAUCUUUUCUAUCUUUGGUAUGUCAAACUUUGCCUACGUGAAGCGGGAGUCUGGCAUAGAUGACUUGUAUAAUUUUGAAACAUUUGGGAAUAGCAUGAUCUGCCUGUUCAUGAUAACCACCUCAGCAGGGUGGGAUGGCCUUCUUGCUCCCAUUCUCAACUACCCACCUGAUUGUGACCCAAAUAAGGAGAAUCCAGGUACCACAGUGAAAGGAGACUGCGGAAACCCUUCAGUGGGCAUCUUCUUUUUCGUCAUGUACAUUAUUGUCUCGUUCCUUAUCGUGGUUAACAUGUAUAUCGCCAUCAUUCUGGAGAACUUCAGCGUCGCCACAGAGGAAAGCGCUGAUCCACUUUGUGAGGAUGACUUUGAGUCCUUUUACGAAAUCUGGGAAAAGUUUGACCCCACUGCUUCCCAGUUUAUCACCUUUGCCAAGCUGGGUGACUUUGCUGAUACUCUGGAGUACCCACUGCGCGUUCCCAAGCCCAACACUAUAGAGCUGAUCGCCAUGGACCUGCCCAUGGUGAGCGGCGACCGUAUUCACUGCCUAGAUAUCCUGUUUGCCUUCACCAAACGCGUGUUGGGUGACAGCGGUGACCUUGACAUGAUGCGGCAACAAAUGGAGGAACGAUUCAUUGCUGCCAAUCCUUCCAAAGUGUCUUUUGAGCCCAUCACCACCACUAUGCGCCGAAAGCAGGAGCACAUGUCUGCCGCGGUCAUCCAACGUUCAUACCGUGCUUAUCUUAUUCGGAGAGGCUUCAUCUGCAAGCGCUUGCUCAGCAGCAGCAGGCUGGAGAAUGGCGGGACCAAUCGGGACAAGAAGGAGGGCACGCCUUCUACUGCCUCGCUGCCUUCCUACGACAGCGUGACCAAACCCGAGAAGGAGAACCAGGAGGAGAGCGACAGCAAUGGCCAAGAGGGCACAAACCAAAAAGAGGUCGAGGAAUCCAAGUGUUAAGAAUGACGGAGACUGAACUAGUGAUUCGAGACUAAAACUAUCUAUUCCAACAAAUGUAUAUAAAAUCAUUUGUAACAAAAAACACAGAAAUCUUGGGAGAACAAGGUUGUUUACAGACAACAAAUGCACCAGGAAAGCAGCUCAGUUUUUUAUAGAUUUAAUGAUGACCAAACCAACCUAUGAGCUUACUGUCUUAACAUUUGUGCUCAGUGACCAAUACUUUACUGUUCCAACUGCAGCUGAAAGGCACUUAAAAGGAGAAACAAAAUAAUGACCUAUGGCAGACAUCUUUGACCACCUGCCAAAGGACAAAGCAGUACAAAGCAAGCUCAUAAGAUGGAUUCCUUUGCACCAAAACACGUGGAGUUCUGCUAUGGACUGCUUUGAACCUUCCUUUUUUAAACACUACACUGCCAAAAUCCCACUGAAACCUCCCACUCAUCCUGUGGAUUCUGGGAUGUUGUAUUUUAACCAUAGGAGAACCAGUAAUAACGACGUUAACUCAAUCAUGUGGAGUGUCCGUGUUUAAAAAAAAGAAAGAAACACGGACACAUUAUGCAAGGGUUUUCAGUUGUUGUGAUGGAUAUCUCACCUUAUUUGACCCACAAAAAGUAAGGGGAAAAGCUCAGCCCAUGCCAUUCAUCUCAUCAUCAUCUCUUUGUUAUACUUACAGAAAAAAAAGUUUUAUACAUGGGCUUUCAAAUCGAUAUAGGGUUGGGGAAUUUUUCAGGGUUUUGACUUGGGCUGAAAGGGACUUACUCAGACUGAGUUCCUGGUAAAUAAAUAAAUAAUUGUGCUCGUUCAAUGCAUAUAAAUGACUUGCAUGGUGGCAUGUUUAGAUCAGGAAUCAUGCAUGUAUAAUCAUAGUCCACUUGGCACUGCUACUCAAACCACAUCAGUGGCUUGACCAUACAUUCGACACUGUCCACUAGUUAUCAAAUUAAAUAGAUAUAGCUGGGAAAUGAUUGGUCAAUAGCAACAUAUUUAACUACUGGCUAUGGCAAGUAUAUGUAUACUUACCCUUCGUAUGGCUUGCUUCCUGAUUAACCGACUCUCACACCAUGCGUCAUGUGUGUAUUUUAAGGUGGUCGAUCAAAGCUGUUCCUUCGUUUGGAUAUACAAUAUGGCAACUGCACAUCUGCACACACAUAGAGGUGUUUCACUGCCCUGGACCUAAGUAGAAUUUGGGAUGACCAUUUGGAGAAACAGUAUCACUUGAAUCAAAUCUUGGGUUCAUAAACCUUUGAUUUGUUUUUUACACCAGCAAUAUGAUUCAACUGCCCCUUGAUGUGCAGCUGAGGCUCUGGUAGAGCCUUCAAUAGAUCUUCAAAAGGUACAGCCACCAUGCCAUUUAAACCCUUACAAUGCUUUGAUGGGAUACCAUCUCUUCGAUUUUCCUGGAGUACUUGUCUUCAUGUCAGCACAUCCUCAUGUUUACCAUGAAAAGAGGUUGUCAGUUGUGUUAGCAUCUUGUUUUGUCUGAAAGAUGUUGGAGAAAGCACUCGAGUAGCCAUUUUGAAUGCAUCUCGUAGACCUUUAAUAGCCUUCUCCCUGUUGAAUGAAAAAAAUUAUUGAUGUAUAUUUGUAACAGCUUGGAUUAUACACGUAAACUGGCCUUAAACAGCAGGAAAACAAGGAAGGUGGCACUUUUAGAAUGAAGUGGUGGGUACUUUUUGCCUGACAGCAUGUAGGUUAUUUUAGCCAGUGUUGGUGAUACUACAGAUUGGCUUGUUGCUACCUCUUGAGCAAACUGCCAUUCCUUCUUGCUCUGGGUGCAAUAGAAAUUGUUUGAAUUUGCAACAGUAAUUCCUUUGUUUACAAUAUUUUAGUAAUGUUUCAUUACCUCUCCUAUUUGAUAAGGAUGAACACUUAUUCUGGUGUUACGGUGGAUCAUAGAUAACGUAAUACAAUGCUAAUACAUAGGAACAGGAUUAUGAAAUCAUAGGACAUCUCCAAUCGCUGCGUCAGCAGGCACAGGACACCAGAGAGUCCGGGAGAGCACACUAGUUUACAAACCCACUUCCUCUACUUCUCAGACCUGUAGGUCUGUUUACUGCCUGAGAUCUGUAAAUCAGUGUGGGUGCUGUGGACUUGAACCAAAUGAAGCCUGGUGAAUCAAUUAGACUACCGUGUAGUUUUCCCCCCAACUCCCAUUUUAGUUCAGAUGUGAAAUGAAAAAUCACUCUCACUGACUGUAUGACAAGUUAAUGUAUCAUUCAUGUACAGGAAAGGGUCAUGAUGUACAUGGCACAAUUGCUGAAAAGAAUUAACUUUUUAAGGAAAACUAUGAGCAUUGUAAUAUAUUAAUUUAUUUUAAAUGGCAUGCUUUGUUGUGGGUUUUGUAAAUACAGAAUUUUAAAGAAAUACUGCUAUUAAUCUAAUAAUAAAUUAUAACAAUGAUAUAGAAUGGCUUCCAGCUGAUGCCCUUGUCACAUAUUAAUUUUUUUUUUCUCACUUUUAUUAAAGGGAAUUAAAUAAUAUAAUGUAUCAAUAAUAUUAUACAAAGAAUAUAUACGUGUAUGUGAGUGUGUGUGUGUGUAUAUAUAUAUAUAUAUAAUAUAUAUAUAAUAUGAAAGGAUAUACAAAUGAGCACUGUAAUAUUUAAUGCAAUAUGUCCAGUUGAUGUCCCAAAAAAUUAUGUUGGGGAUGAACACAUGCACGGUUGUUAUCAGCGCUGCUAGGAUGUUUAAAUCUGAUACUGUACAAUGAGAGGGUUAUGCAUAUAUAGACAUCCGCCAUCCUGUCUAUGGACAUUGUGUGGUCACCCACCUGAGCCUGAAAGUCUAAAACAGUUCAUGUAUUGUACUCUAAAGGCCUCCCCAAACACUUCAGUGCCGUUACUUGCGGGCCUGAACAACAGUUUUGUAUGCAUUUUGUAUCCGGGUUUUAUGUGUUCAGUGGUCUGUUUCUAGUGCUACUUCACUAAUUGUUGUGUGCCUUUUACUGCAUUUUCUCCAUGUUCCUUCAUUUUCUGAAUUGCAUUUCACUGCAAUUUUGGAGGAUGGUGCCAUAUUUAACAUUUAGUUGAUGAUGGGGUAAAGACAUGAAAAUUGUAAAUGGAGCACAAUGCAAAUCAGGGACUGUAGUCUGAACAAGGAGUCUGGUGUACUGCUAAUGGGACACUGAAACCAAGAAAACAAGUCCACUUCUUCCAGAUUCAAUGUUUUGAAAUCUUCUGAUGUUCUGUUUUCUGUAUUUUGUGUAUCAUCCACUUGGCUUGUAAAAAAAAAGAAAAGAAAAAAAUACAGCUUGCCUUCAGACUUGUGUUUUUUUCCAUCUUUGAAACUCACUUUUAUAUUGAUAUUCAGUUACUGGACUUCCAUUUUUAGCAUGACUAAAAUGCUUUCCAUUUUGUGAAAAGAUUUCAAAAGUGCUUUUCAAACUGUUGUUUUGUUUGACACAGUGUUGCAGGACGACAUAUAAUGGUGUGUAUGGCACAACCACAGGAACUCUUAGUAAGAAUAUAUAAAAGAUUGUCUUCAUUUGAGCACGAAACUUUUUAUUAACAAUAAAGCAGCCUUCCAGUGGCA